AUGUAUGUCUUUAACCUCGUGUAUUCAUGGCUUGGCCGUGAUCCGCCCCCGUCGGCCAAUUCUCACGUCACGUCGCACCAGCGCAAAAUCCACAAACGCACGAGUCGCAAUGCACCGGACCUCAUGCGCGCCGGAGCCACGGGCCUCGUCGGCUCGUCCGUCCUCAGCCGCAAGCCCGUGCCCGUGACACACAAUACACAGAGCCCACACAUCAACAUCAUCAUCCACCCCGACUUUGAGAGGUACGACGCGCUCGCCGCCGCUGUCGGCGUCCCGGCUAUUCGCCUCAUUGCAAGAUUGCCCACUUGCCUACAGAGCAUCUCGGCGGUUUCAUGA